AUGGAGUCUCUGUGGGCGAUUGCCUGUCUGGCCCUUGCCAGCACCGUCUCAGGCUGCGGGGUGCCUGCUCUCAGCCUCUCAGAGUACAGUGAGAGGAUCAUCAACGGGCAGAACGCGGUGCCUGGCGCGUGGCCCUGGCAGGUGUCCCUGCAGACCCGCUCGGGAUCCCACUUCUGCGGCGGCUCCUUGAUCAAUGAGAACUGGGUCGUCACAGCUGCCCACUGUGAAUUCAACCCGUACUCCCACGUCGUCGUCCUUGGGCAAUAUGACCGUGGCUCCAACACAGACACCGUUCAAGUGAAGACUGUGGCCAAGGCCAUCACACACCCUAGCUGGAAUGGCAACACCUUCAACAAUGACAUUACCUUGCUGAAGCUCUCCUCACCUGCCCAGCUGGGACCCCAUGUGGCCCCCGUCUGCCUGCCCCCCGCCAACCUGGUUCUGCCCAUCAACCUCCCGUGUGUCACCACCGGCUGGGGACGCACCAACGUCAACUCCCAAGCCUUGGCGCUGCGCCUGCAGCAGGUAACCCUGCCCUUGAUCUCUCUGAGCCAGUGUAGGCAGUACUGGGGCAGCCGGAUCACCAGCUCCAUGCUCUGCGCCGGAGGGGUCGGUGCCUCCUCCUGCCAGGGUGACUCUGGCGGACCCCUGGUAUACCAGAAUGGGAAUGUCUGGACCUUGAUUGGCAUUGUCUCCUGGGGAAACAGCAACUGCAACGUCCGUGUGCCUGCCAUCUACACCCGUGUAAGCGAGUGCCGAAACUGGAUCGACUUUGUUGUUGCUCGGGGUUAG